CUCACCCACCCUACAAAACCAGGCGCCACCCAUUUUUCGCUGUACAUCAAUUCUUCUCCUCCAUUCUCACACAAUUGUUCAUAUAUACUCCAACACAUUUUUUCUUCUUCUUUCUUAUAUCAAUAAUUCCCCCAAAAAUUCAACCUUUUUGCUGACAAAACUUUUCUAGGGUUUUCAAGAUUCUUUCCUUUUCUUGAAAAAAUUGGUGAUUCUUGCUGUUUUCUUUUCGUGUAAUUUCUUUACUGGGUUGUCUUAGAUUCUCCCCCCUCUCCCCAAUCUCGAUUUUCUUUUCCCAGAACCAAACCCUAAUCUUGAUUUUCCGUCUUCAUUUUUUUUUUUAAAUUAGGGCUUUUUUCCCUCUUUCAGAAAGAUGCCGCCUUUUGCAGGAUCAAAUACCUCCUCCAAUGGAGUUCACCGCCACGAUUCCAAUUCAAAUUCAAACAUAGUCACAAUCGACGUCGGCGGUCAAAUAUUUCAGACAACAAAGCAAACCCUUUCAUUAGCCGGUUCGAAAUCAUUCUUCUCCAAGAUUUCAAAUUCAGACAGCAUGAUCCCCUUCAUAGACAGAGACCCUGAACUUUUCUCAAUCCUCCUCUCCCUCCUCCGUACCGGAAACCUCCCCUCUAAAGCCAAAUCAUUCAACAUCCAAGACCUAAUCUUCGAAUCCCAAUUCUACGGAAUCGAAAACCUCCUCGUCAAUUCCCAAUCGAACCCUUCCCAAUUCGACGCAUUCAACCUCGAAAAAUCGAGUCUUUUGCCGUUAAACGGCCGCGAUUCGCCCACGUCCAUCUCCACGACACCCUACGGAUCGCUCCACAUCGCCCACGGUAGUAAAGUCACCUCCUUUGAUUGGUCACUCCAAAGAAAAUCGACAAUCUUAACCCAAUUCACCGCCAUUGAUUCUUUGUUUGCGUUAUCACCUACGAUCGCAGCUGCUGGAGCCACCGAUUUUUCUGGCCUGCAAAUUCUUGAUCUCGAAAAGGGUUUCGUUAAAGAAACUCUGAAUUGGGAAAACGUGACUAAAUCCGGUUCAACCGUGCAAGCCAUCAGCGCAUCGCCCGAUCAUUUAUUCACGAGCUUCGAAUCGAGCAGGAGAAACUCGAAUUGCAUAAUGGUGUACGAUUUGAACGAUAAUCUACGCCCCGUGACGAAAAUCGGCCAUUACGAAAUAUACGGUGCGGAUCUUGAUUCGGCUAUUCCAUCCACUAAACUGCAGUGGGUUUCGAGCCAUAAUUUGUUGAUGUCUUCGGGCUCUCAUAGUGGGCCUUCCGGAGUAUUGGGGAAUAUCAAGUUUUGGGAUAUUCGAUCGGGAAAUGUAGUUUGUGAACUCAAAGAAAAAGUCGAUUGCUUCGCUGAUGUCACCGCUUCGAAUGUGCUCGGUGGGAUGUUUAAAGUUGGAGUUAAUACGGGUGAAAUAUUCUUUGCGGAUUUAAGAAAUAUGGAUAGUGAUAGUAAUUCUUGGAUUUGUCUUGGUGAUGGGAGGAAGGUAGCCAACGGGAAGAAAGAAGGGUUCGGGUGUAAAAUCGAAAGCCAUGGGAAUCAAGUCUUUUGUAGUAAAGGAGGGAAUCUUGAAUUGUGGUCGGAAGUGGCGAUGAAUCGUGCAGAGAGAGACGAGAGCGAUUUGAGCGAGAGGAUUUUUAGGAAGAAUUUGAUGGGAAGAGCUAAAGAUAUGGGGGGAAAUAGGAUAACUAACUUCCAUUUCGGAGGAAGCAAAAUGUUUAUUACAAGGAAAGAUCAACAGUGCGUCGAGGUUUGGAGUUCGGUUUGCGGGUUUUGAGUUCUUGUCUUAAAUUGUUUUAAAGACACAUUGUGUACGACUUGACUGUAUGUGAAUAUAAAGAUGUAUUUCAUUCGGUGUAGCACGAGAAAUUAUAGUAGUGUUAGGUAGUUGUGGUAAGUUACUUUUCGGAAAGUGUUGUUCAUGUAAAGAUUGGAAUUUUAUUGUUUAGAAUGUUCAUAUUUGUUACAUGAGGAUGCUAUUGUCACAUAAUAUUUGACUUGAACGUCGGGGUCGGGUUUGGUU